AUGAAUCAAAAUUUCCAGGGCGCGCCUGAUCGCGACGACCUACGGAUCCUAGAUCAACUACGCCGCCAGCUACUGCCUAUGAUCGCGGUCAUGACUAAAUUACAACAUGAAAUGCAGUUCAAAAUGGAGAGAGGGCUUGCCGUCGAUUGGCCACAAAUUCAGCAUACAACGACUAUAGUCUCUAACUACAUUAACUCUUUCAAUACCAUGAUCCACGGUGGAUACCAACACACUACCGAAGACAUCGUGACCAAGGUACCGAAGCUGGAUGAAAACGGAAACAUCAUUAAGGACGAUCUGGGAAAUCCUGUGGAUAGUGGCAAAGAAGCCACAAAGACGAUAUAUCGCGACAUCCACAAUCCAGGCCAAGGCGACAGGAUCAAAGCGUUGCAUCCUUUCCCCAUCCCACCAUUUCCAAUGCACCUACCGCACGCCCAGGGGAUGGCAAAUACUCUUUUGAGGAAGAGAUUGGAGCCAAUGGAGGAGGGCUGGGUGGGAAAGAGGUUGCAGAAAGCGGCGGAGUUUGCAGAGGUCCCGGAAGCGUGGGGUAUCGAGCCCAAGAAACCAGAAGCCAAAGAGGAAGACGAUGAGAAAGACGGCGAUGAUGAAGACACGAGAGAAGAUGCAAAUGCUAUGCCACUGAAGCGCGUCAAGGGCGCAUUGAGCGAAGCCGAUAUUGUGGAGAUGUGGAGAAUGGCGCACCAAGAGGCUUUCGAUCAGGAAUAUCUCAAGGCGACAUAUCCGAACAUCUAUGGUGACGAUGCAGGUGCGGAAGAUGAAGAAGAUGAAGAUGAAGAAGACGAAGACGAAGACGAAGGAGAGUUUGAAGAUGCCAUGGACACAUCUGGAGCGCCGGAAGUGGCAGUCUCAGCACCAUCCACCGUGGUAACCAAGGGUGCUACACAGGAUGUGGCGUCAGUCAAGCCUCCUGUGCACCAACCUGUGCCUGGACAACCUGUUUUGCCAUUAGGAUUCAUACACAAGUUUAUGGUCUUGGGCGAGGCGGGUGGGAAAUGA